GUGAGAGAGAGAGAAGCAAGCAUCACUCCGCGGCUCCACACUCCCACGACUAGCCAGACACGACACAUCAUCCACCGUCGCUCACACUCAUCCAGUUCGGUGGCACCCGCCUCCUGUGUCGUCGUCGCUGCCGUUGUUGUCGUGUUGGUACACUCCGACGUCCACGGCAACGCAGCAUCGAGACUAUGGCCAUCUGAUAGGAGUGUAAGACUGUUGAGAGGAGGUUCCCCUCCCCCCAAGCUUCUUCCUGAAGAAGAGGUGGACGUCUGUGGGCCCGCAGUGACGUGUUGGAAACAGGAACCAUCUGAAGGUUUCCCAGGUGCUCCUCUGCAGCCCUUUAUUCAACUUCAAGUGACCAUAUACCUGUGGCCACUUCACCUUGCCACAAGUUCCCCACUUUCCGGCGUUAAGGUCUCCACUGAUUCUCACCUUUACUGCUACAGACAUAAUGGCUGGUCGUGUGGGCGUGGUCCUGGUGCUGGUCUGGGCAUGUUGGUCUGGCAUUGGUCGGGUUUUGGCCAAUCACAGCCAGUGUGACGUGCAGGCCCUCCGCUGUGACGUCAUCUGCGCCUUUCCUGACCUCGACCUUCACUGUAGCCGGUGCAUCAGGAGACGACCCAUGAGGUUUGGUAAAAGAAGUGAAGUCCUGAAAACAUCCUCUGAUGGGUCGUUAAGUGAGCAGCAACACGAUGUACUGAAGGUGUCUUCAGAUGGGUCGUUAAGCGAGCCACACGGUGUAUUGAAAACGUCGUCAGAUGGGUCAUUAAGUUAUCCCAACGGAAUACUGAAGGCGUCAUCAGAUGAGUUGUUCACUGAGCCACUAAACACAAGGAUCUCGAGUCUAGGACAGGCCCGUCUUCAUACCAUUAAGAGACAUGAUAUGAAGUCCACCUCGGCCAGUAACACGAAGCAGCAUACAAGACCAGCGGAACGGGAAAAGCAGCCUGCCGUACUACUCAACUGCUGUGAUGAUUCUGUGGACAUGGACUUCACUACUCGAAGGAAGCGUCGAAGUACCUCCACCUUUUUCGACUUCAUCGGCAUCAGCAGGCGAAGUAAUAGUGGCCACGGCACUAAGUUCCCCGAGGCGAUGAGGAUUAAGAGAUCAGAAGCUCACGAGGUAGUGGAAGGACUCAUGGAGCUGUUGGGUCUUGAGGAGCUGCCAGUAGAUCCAAGAAUCUACGGUUGCCACGAGUUACUUCCUGUCUUCGACUAGUCCCAGCGUCUCCGUUCUUCCUGCCGAAAUAUGCUCAACAUGCGUAAAUUUGUAGUGUAAAGCUGGCGUUGUUUGUACAUUGAAAAUAAUAUAGAAGUCCCAUUCCCAUUGACAUAGUAAUAUAAGCGUGAAAUCAACCGUACAGUUUGUUUCUGUACCUGUUGUUGGAAUCUUUAGUUAGGCACGAAGGUGGAUAAAUGUGUAUAUUGUUAAAAUUGCAGUACUGACUGAAGGCUGACUUAGGAACUUAGAGAGCACAACACUGAUCACAGGAUCAUCAAAGAUACUUCUGUAAUCGCUGUUAUGGAUCAAUGUCCUCCGCAUACUUAGUAAAUCUCUUGCAAUAACAUUUUCAUCCGGGAGCUAUGAUAAUGUAUUUUAUUGGAUAGUCACAAUUUCUUGCACAAAUAUUUAGUGGUUACUCAAAAGAGUUCAGCAUUUUGUAAACGUCUCGGAAAACUCUUCUCAUUUAUGGGUCCUAAAGUCAUGCUGAGACUACUGAUAACCGACCUUAGUGCUGUCAUUAACUAAAAAAAAAAAUUGUCAAGAAAGAAUUACUUAUUAUUGUAGGGGCAGUAAAACAUAUUUAACUAAAAAAAAAAAAAACGUACAAAACUAGCUGCUCUCUAAUUUGAUCAUCUAGGUUUGAAUAUCAAUAUAUAGUUUAUGUUUUGCUCAUCUGCGAGUAACCGGAAGUAAAGAAGGAGGAUAACGUAGCACAGACAAUACAUCAACUUGAUGGCCACAAGUUGAAUCAGAUAGCAUGGAUUCUGAUUGUGUAUGAGUAACUGAGAGGAUAGGAGCAGAGAUUCGUCCCCCCAGUAACCAUACCUAGGCGAAUCCAAUCAGGCAUCAUCAGCAUGCACGUGGUUACAGUGGUUCCUCAACAUGACUGGGCACUGAGGCUGGCUGAGAAGGGGUUUCCGACGUUCAAUCUCAGCCGUGGCCGACUCUCUUUACUGAGGGUUCUCCAAGCUGUAAGACACUUGACGCUACUUAACGUGGAACUUCCCUAAAGCGAAAGAAGCCGGUCCUUAACGUGAUUUUUACCACUUGUUGCUUCCUGCAUUCUUCCUGUUUCCUGUUCCAAUAUUGCUAAAUAACUUUGCUAACUGGUCCUUCCUAGAGACUAUCGUCAACUGGAGCGUAGGGUAAUGAGAACAAAUAUCAGGUGAAGAUUGGAAUGAACGCUUUGCUGGAUAUUUCAACCAGCGACUGAUCACCUGAAGACGACUAAUAUGUGUAUAUAUGAUGGUGUAGUUACAAUGGUGUUCGUAUUUCAGUGUGGCGAGCCAGAAUGAUGAACUGGAGGAAGAGGGCUGAGGAGGAGGGUAAUGAGAGAGAGAAGAGAGGUAGAGAGAAAACUGAAGAGAAGAAAAUAAGCUUAGGAGUAUGAAAGAGAGAGAGCUGAGGUGAUCAGCAUCAGGCUGUCUGCUAUCACUGUCACGAUUUGUAAAGGAAAAUCACUGACGGUGUACACACCCGUUGAUAACACGGUCAGUAAUGAGGAAAGAACACUCACCCCCUAACAACAAAGUUGCUCACAAUAACUUAAACUCUCACGUGAACCGUGGUCUUGAUUUCCAAAUACAAACCAGUAAUAACUUCAACAUAAAGUGGGGGAGAGAGGUAUGGCGGCUCCUCAGGAUGAACACAUUAUUGCAUUAUGAAUCUUAAGGUUGAAACUUCCCUAAAAAUCUUAGAAGAAAACAAUGGCUAGGGAAAGGAAUAUUUUUAUAAUCCAGAGUCCACAAUCUUUCAGAGUUUGAAGAAAACGUCCUUAAAUUUUCUGUAAUUGGUAUUUGUGUAAAAUAAUACAUGAAAAUAAAAUUUCAGCAUAUAAGCUCACCUUUGUUAAGUAUUGACCUAGCAUGUGUAAUGUAAGGUUAACAUGGCGGUGUAAAGCAUAGUAAUAAUGCUGUACCGUUGGCAUGAUGGAACUGUCUUCAGGGACAAAAGUGCUAUAUAAUAUCGACACGAUGGAUAAAAAAUUAAUGUAUUUGUGACUUGAUAAAGCCCACUGCGUGGGCGAAACGUUGUCAAUAAAU